AUGGCCGGCAAAGCUGGUUUGAUGGUGGUGACGGUUGUGACGGCUGCCGACUUGCAGCAGCAGACGGUGGACCUCCGUAGCGUCGGACUUCUCGCUGGCACUCAGAUCUUAGACAUCAGAGUCUCAAUCUGCAUCUGUCAAGACAGAAUGGGGGCGGCCAGAUGCGUUAAGUUUUGGCGCGACAGCUACUUCUGCGGGAGAUUGAGGCGGCGGGGAGAGGAGCAUUCUGGCGGCGGCAGCAGAAUCAGAUCUGAGUAA